UUAAGGGAAGAAAAAAAAGAUAGCAAGAUAAAGAAGAUUUCAAAAUGGGUACUGGUUGGCGAAGAGCCUUCUGCUCAUCGAUCCCUCGAGACCGAGAAAACGUCAUCGCUGAGAAGCAUCUCAGCAGUAGCAAUACAAGCCCAAGCCCCAGUCCAAGAAGUUGUUCAAAAUUGGGAGGUUUUCUCUCAGGCGGUAGCAACCCUUCAACGCCGCGUCUGCCGUCUCAAACCGUCUCAAGUCCAAGCUUGCGCUGCCGUACGACGGCGGCUACUGCUCCGACUCCAUCUGUUCAUGACAGUCCCCGACUCCAAUGCAAGACAACAGUUACUACUGCUGCCGCAGCGACAUCGAAGAGCCCUAGAUUUUUGCAAGGUUCUAACCAGUCUUCUCCCAGAUCGCCUUUGGGAUUUUCUCUCUUGAAGGCCAGCUUACGACUCUCCAAGAGUAGAUGCGGGGUAUGCUUACAGAGCGUGAAGACGGGUCAGGGAACAGCCAUUUUCACGGCGGAAUGCUCUCAUGCUUUUCACUUCCCUUGCAUAGCAGCGCACGUUAGGAAGAACGGCACCCUCGUCUGCCCUGUCUGCAACACCAGCUGGAGAGAAGUACCUUUGCUGGCGAUCCACAAAAAUGGACCGCCACCACCACUUUCACAUUCCAUAGAAGAAACCGAACCAAACCACAAGGAGGAGAAGAGAGGAGAAAGAGUGGCUUCUUCACUUCGAGACAUCAAUACAAAACAAGAUCAGAAAUCGAAACCUUCAGAUCCGAGGGCUUACGACGAUGAUGAGCCGUUGCUAUCCCCAACAGCAGGUGCGCGUUUCAUUCCGAUACCCGAGGCGGAUGAGGACGGCGAAGACGUUCCGGAGGAUGAAAUCGAGGAGUUCCAAGGUUUCUUCCCUUCUUCUUCCAUAAAGACCACCAGCAACGAGGCCACAACCAACGGCAGAGAUGCGAGGACCGUGGAGGUGAGGCUGCUCCCAGAGGCCGCAGUGGUCUCGGUAGGGCGGAGCCAUGAAACGUAUGUGGUGGCACUGAAGUUAAAGGCUCCACCACCCCCGGCGCGCACUAGCACGACGGCACCGCUGCUUGACCCUUCGCGCCGCGCGCCUAUCGAUCUGGUGACGGUUCUGGAUGUCAGCGGGAGUAUGACCGGCGCUAAAUUGCAGAUGCUGAAGCGCUCCAUGCGGCUUGUCCUCUCCUCGCUUGGCUCGGCUGAUCGGCUCUCCAUCGUGGCCUUCUCGGCGAGCUCCAAGAGGUUAUUACCCUUGAGGAGGAUGACGGCUCAGGGCCAGCGCUCGGCGCGGCUCAUUAUCGACCGGCUCGUCUGCGGGCAGGGCACGAGCGUCGGUGAGGCUCUGAGGAAAGCCACCAAGGUACUAGAGGAUCGGCGGGAGAGAAAUCCAGUGGCCAGUAUCAUGCUCCUAUCGGACAGCCAGGACGAGCAGGUCUCUUCGAAAGUGGCCAAUCGACGGUGUCCGUCUUCCCAUGUAUCGUCCACACGAUUCGCGCACCUCGAGAUCCCUGUCCAUACGUUCGGCUUCGGAGAAAAUGGCGGUCAGGACCACAAGAGCCACGAGCCAUCUCAAGACGAUUUCGCGAAAUGCGUGGGUGGGCUGUUGAGCGUUGUGGUACAGGAUCUGCGGCUCCAGAUCGGCUUCAGUUCUGGCUCGGCUCCGGCGGAGAUAACGGCCGUAUAUUCCUGCGGUGGAAAGCCUACGCUGAUGGGGUCAGGGAAGGUACGGAUGGGAGACCUGUACGCGGAGGAAGAGAGGGAGCUGUUGGUGGAAAUGAGAGUCCCGGCAGCGGCAAUUGGGGCCCACCACGUGAUGUCAGUGCGGUGCUCUUACAAGAACCCGGCGAGUCAGAGUCAGGAAGUGAUGUACGAGAGAGAACAAUCGCUGCUGGUACCAAGGCCGCACGCGAUACGGUCAUCCGCACCCAAGAUUGAGAGGCUGAGGGACCAAUUUGUGACGACGAAGGCGGUGGCGGAGGCGAAGCGGCUGGUGGAGCAAAAUGAGCUGUCGAGUGCGUACCAGUUACUGGCUUCUGCGAGGGCAUUGUUGAUGCAGUCAAGCUCGAUUUCUGCGGAUGAGUAUGUGCGGUGGUUGGAAGCGGAGAUGGUGGAGUUACAGCGGCGGAGACAACAACAGGAUCAUAAUCAGAUCCAACGGCGGAGGACAGAAAGGGAGAUGCCGGCGACGGCUUACUUGGAUGAGAAUGGGGAGCCGUUGACGCCAACAUCGGCUUGGAGAGCGGCUGAAAGGCUUGCAAAGGUGGCAAUAAUGAGGAAGUCAUUGAACAGAGUCAGCGAUCUACACGGCUUCGAGAACGCAAGAUUCUAAAGUUUCUGAUCCCUCGAUCUCUCAUGAUUAAUUUUUUAAAAGAAAAAAUUAGGAGAGGGGAAAAAAAAAGGG